AUCUUGUUUUUCGAUUCUGCUGAACGCGUUGUGCGCUCGUGCAAUUUUUAUUCUCGGAAGUUAUUUCUGGUAUUGUUAGAGCGAAUUCAAGUGGUUUUGUUUUAUUUUACUGUUCUAGUUCAUCUGAGAGUGCGUCAUGUCUGAUCGCGAGAGAAGCCGCUCGAGAACACGCAACGGAUCACGAGAACCGGCACCGAAACCUACCGCCAUGUCUCGUGGACACAGCCGAAGCCGGUCUCGAACGCCGCCCCCGCCAAAAACAUCAAGCAGGAAAUAUAGAAGCCCGUCACGUUCGCGGUCUGGCUCCCCGCGUCGCGGUUACCGCUCGCGGUACUCGCGCACGCGCUCCCGCUCGUACUCACCGCGCGGCUCCUACCGCCGAUCGCACUCGCACAGUCCGAUGUCUUCAAGGCGAAGGCAUCUGGGUGACAGGGUGAGUUCUACCUAUGAAAAUCCGACUCCAUCAAGGUGUCUGGGUGUAUUUGGAUUGAGUCUUUACACGACAGAACAGCAGAUCAACCACAUCUUCUCCAAAUAUGGUCCAGUGGAUAAAGUGCAAGUUGUUAUUGAUGCCAAGACUGGCCGGUCCCGAGGUUUCUGCUUCGUGUACUACCAGAACCAAGAGGACGCCAAGGUGGCUAAGAACGAGUGCACCGGCAUGGAGAUCGACGGGCGUCGCAUACGAGUGGACUUCUCCAUCACGCAGCGAGCUCACACGCCCACGCCCGGCAUAUACAUGGGCAAGCCCACGUAUGUUAGCAGCAGAGGCGACAACGGUUACGACAGGCGUAGGGACAGAGACGACUACUAUUACCGCGGCGGUGGCGGCGGGUACCGCGAGCGCGACUACUACCGCUACCGGCACCGGUCGCCGUCGCCGCACUACCGCCGCAGCCGCCGCUACGAGCGCGAGCGAUCAUACUCACCGCGUAAGUCUUACUACCACCCCGAGCGAUAGGUGCCACGAACACAGUGCACAACUACUGCAGGCCUAGCUUGAACAUCGUCGUGAUAUAAACAUAUUUUCAAAUAAUCCAUGCUCAAAUAGAAAAUUACCGAGUGGGAGGGAACUCAUCUACUUUAUUUUUGUAGACUUUUCUUUUUUUUUUAUGAUUAUAAAUAUGCGUUCUGAUUAAAUAUUGAUGUUUCAUGACACUAAUAAUUGUAUGAUUAAUUUAGAUGUUGCCAUAUUUAUUUCAAAUCCUUAAAAUAUAACAAGCUAUUUCUUUUAUAUAAAAUUAAAAAUAACAAGAUUAUUGUUUUUGUCAACAUAUACUUAUUUUUACUUUCUUAAAAAGAAUCUAUUCACCCAUCGAUGUUCUGGCUUUCCCUGACAUGGACUUGCUAGUCUGCUGUGUAUUCAAUCUUCAUUAAUUAGUUUUCCUAAUAGAAUUUUAAGUCUCAUCUUCAUUGUUUUCAAAACAAAUUUAUUAAGUUCAUAUUUGAUAUAUAAAUGUUUCAUGGUAGCAAUUUCUUUUGUAAUACACUAUCAUUAACCAUGUGUGUAUAAAUGUAUUCCAUGAUUAUAUUUGAUAAAUAUUAAUAUUAUAAAAAAAAUAGAUUGCAGUCUAAUUUUUUCAGUUAUGAUAGAUACAACUAUUAUCAAUAAAUGUUUAACAAAUAUAUAAUUUGAUAAAUGGCAUGUAUUUUCGAGGAAUAUAUUUAUAACACUUAUGUUUAGUUCGGUCAUACCAUUAUGCAUUUAAGUUUGACAUAAAAAUAUAGCUAAUGUUAAUUAAUAAACUUUAAAAAUACCAUUUGAUUUGUUAUAAAAGUAUUGUGCACAUUGUGUGUAAGAAAUAAGUAAAUUUUUUAUCAAUUUAUUUUCUGAAACUUGCUUCUAUAAGGUGAACUAUUAGAGAAACCAAAGAAAAUUGUAUAAACCAUCAAAUUGUUUAUUGUACUAAAUCUUGUUUGGUAAUGGAAGUUUCAUACCUAGUGUUUACAUAGUAAUUUAGUUAUAACACCCAUCAUUGAUUGUUAAAUUUCAUCCGAUAUUUAUAUUCUCUACCCAUUUAUACAUGAAUAGAACUGAAUACCCAAAUAUGAACUAGCAGAUAAGUGGAUGCAAGGCGAAAGUUUAUUGUAUAAUUGGUUUUACAAACUGCGUUGUAUGUUGGUUAUUUAUCAAAAUUUCUAUAUAAUUCAAUAAAAUAAAAUAUGUCUAAAAUUGUUAGCUCCUGGUUGCUUAAGGAAACCAAUUCAAUUACUUUUUUGUUCACUGUAUUUUCAAUGUACCCAAUGUAUAGGAAAUGUUAACUUAUUUUUCAUUAAUUUCUUUGAAAUCAGUUAUAAUUUCUGUAGUUAUUAGAGAAAUCAACCAUCACAUGAAUAUUGUGGAUUAUCACAAAACGAGGAGACAUACUUUAAAAUUUGUUAGAGCACUAGACUAGAAUUUAUACGAAUAGACAAUGCCGUUUGUAAUGUUAUGAAUUACAAUAUGUGAACAACGUUUUGAAUAAGUGUAUCACCUUUUUUCGCUUCGCACUGCUUUUGGUACAAGUCAAUAAGAUCAGUUGAUAAAUAAGUUGGUAGAGAAUAUAGUAUCUGAGCACAAUCGUACAUUGAUUUUGUCCAUAACACUAUGGUUACUCCCAUGUUUGACUUUACAGGUCGUUAUUAGUAAGUUCGUCACGCUGUCGUCAACUUCAGACAUAGCAUAGAUUUUGACACACCACACCUUCCCAACCAUGUCUCCACUGGCCUUAUGCAUUUAUACUGUACCUGGUUAGGCCGGAAUUAGUUAUAGAAAGUUUGUUGUAUGACAUUAAUUUUGUAAACGUCUUAUGCCUCUAGGCACUGGAGAAGUUCGUUUAUGUUAACGAUACGUGAUACAAAGUUUAUAGUAUGUAAGUUAGCGUGUAAUAGCCCCGUCGGGGUAUAGUUGCCUCUAGGAUGUAAUAUUAGAUCUAAUAAAGGUUUAACACUAAGUCUAACAUUGAUUUUGUUUGUUUGAAAAGGUAUUGAAACAAGAAGUAAAGGAUGAAGUUCCUUGAAACUAACUGUGUUGAAGUUUUGAAAAUGUUUGAAUUGAAAAAGUCCUUUCGAAAUGGCGAUUGCCGAAAACGCCGUCCGGCCGGUGGGUGCCGGUAAGAAAAUGUGUAGAAGCGAAGUGUUCGAAACGUAGCCGACUCUGUCGAAGCGAAAAGAAUAUGAUCGAGUCACGGUUAUAGGCCCGUACGAAGCCCCGCCCGCCUCAAGACGGACAAGAGAGAAGUCAGUCGCGCGCAACUAGACACAUUAGAUCAUAUUCUUUAUCUUCCGACUAUGAAAGCGAAACGCGCAUUUCGAGAAAUUUCUUUUUAGUAUAUUAACGCCGUGAUCGUUUGCAUUUUUUUCUCGAGUACAAUAGCGAUAUAUAUUUAUGUAUCAGAUAUAAUUAUUAUUAUUAUAGACUCUGAUGACACCACAUUUCACAUUCUAUUUUACUAGUGUAGUACUGUGUUGUGAGCGACCUUAAUAAAACAAUAGUUUUGUAAUACC